UUUUGAAUGGAUAAUUAUUGAUUAGAAUUCUUUUGCAAUGUAUUUAAGGCAAAAUAAAACUGCCCCAAAAAAACGUCUAAGAAUCACGAAAGGAAGCACUUUUUUUUUCUUGGCCGUUAGACCAUUAUCUGGAAAGAGAAAAAUCUUAACACGAAGGCACUAUUGUAGUGCCUCUUGUUUUGUCAGUCUACCUGGUGGAAAUUCAUAUAGAGCGUUAUCUUUGCACUAGGAUCAUUAAGUAACCUUGACGAACUUUACAGGUCACGGUUUCAUAUCCUACUGGAGAAUUCAAAAGAAACUUUUUUUGGAAGAGAGUCGGAGUCAUAGAUGUAUCUGUGAUUUGAAAUCAAUCGCGCCCUCCAUCAUUCAGUUUGACGGAGAAAUCUGUUUAAUGUUUAUUGUUUGGUGCUUCAUUGUGAUUGGUAUAUGAGCGACAUCGCGUUAAUACCGAUUGGUAGAGCCGACAAAAAUUUCCUGUCAUUAAGGGACCUUUGGCAAGACUGACAUUCCUGGAAAGUUUUACUGAGAUCGAGACCAUAGUUUCUGAGAUCGGUUUUCGCCUAAGUUUAACAUCUCAUUUAUUUUUCAGUUAAUCCAGAUCAAGAAAUUGUGGCUAUUGGUGUCACGAAUAUCAUUGGAUGUUUUUUCUCCGCCUAUCCGACUACUGGUUCAUUUUCACGUACUGCCAUUAAAUCAAAAUCCGGUGUUCGUACACCCAUCGCUGGUGUAUUUAGCGCAUGCGUCGUUGUUUUAUCCUUAUAUGCAUUGACACCUGCAUUUUAUUAUAUACCCGAUGCUGUAUUGGCUGCAGUGAUUAUACAUGCUGUGGCCGAUUUGGCAUCAGGUCCAAAAGUCUGGAAAGAACUAUGGGAUGUACAUCCAUUAGAAUUAUUCAUUUUUGUUGCAGCAGUUAUUAUUACCUUUUUUGCAACUGUUGAGUACGGAAUAUAUACAGCCGUUGGAGUGUCGUUAAACAUCAUUCACUUAUUACCCAGUAUGUUUCAUGUACAAAACGGGCUACUUACUGUUAUCUCUAACUUUAUGAUUAAGUAAAAAUCGAUAAAAGAUUUUUUUUAUAAAAGUACGAACUAAGUUGAGUAUCUAUUUAAGAACUUUGUGGAAACAGUCUUAAUAAGUUUACCAUCUAUGCUAUAUAAGGGUGGCAUUUUACUUUUACUUUGCUUGUAACUAGUAACGAAGUAACUAAGUAACUAACUUCGUUAAUUUACCUAAACUCCGUUACCGGUAAAGUAAAGUAGCUAAGUAAGAGUAGCUAGUAAAGUGCCACCCCUAAUGCUAUACGUUACUUUCAUAGGAAGUUAUACCGAACUAACAAAUUUUAGAAAUGUAUUACAUAAUUUUCAGUAAGCUAAAAUGCGAACGUGAAUUAUCAAUAGCAGUAAAACGUUGCUGUCGCUUCUCGGCCUGUAUGCAUAACGCGUGAUUCCGUCACGAUUUUUGUUGUUUUGCGAGUCUCUUGACGUUCGAACAAAAGGAAACUAAGGAAUUGUUUACAUCUAGUCUUGUAGAGAAAAGUGAGCUGAACAAAAUGUGAUAUUUUUCGUUUCUGCAGAGUGUCGUGGUCGUCAAGUACAACAAAAUUUUUACGAGCCCCAAUCUAAAGUCU